AGAGCCGGAAAAGCCAAGCGCUAGUAAUCGCAGUGCUGGCGAUUUAGCUCGUCGUUAUUAAACGAACAUGUUCGGAAUGACGACGACGCACGUUGUAAACGAUUUAUAAACGGAGCUUUGUCGUACGUUGCUGCGUCUUUAUAGGACUUGUACAGCGCCCAAUGAGUUAGGCGGACGUCAUUUGAGCCAUAGUGAAGCAUUCCGCUUAGCAUCGUUAGCAUCUUUGACAGCAACAUUGAUAGCACUUGUCGUCCAUUACGAACAGACACCGAGUGGCAGCGUUGGCUUUGUUUUUUUGCUGAAUGUGCGGGGAGGGAAGGGAGAGCGGUAGCAGCUCCAGCUAGCGGCUAGCUAUGGCGAGAGCUUCGUUCGUCGGCACCGUUCUCCUCGUCGCCUUCGCCUGCGCAAUCACAGCCGACGACGGGAAUGACAGACCAGAGCUGAAGUCCUACCACGACCCCGAAUCGGAAGAGGACGACGUCCGUUUGAACUCCAAAAGUGCGGCGCCCGCUUCUGCCGCUGCUUCUCGGAAUGUGCCAGAAGAAGAGAAGCCACCGGGAGAGCUUCUGCCGGGAGAAGAGAAGGAGGACCUGCCGGAACAUCAUGUACAUGUGGACAAACCUAAAGAAGUUCCCGUGGUGAACGGCGGCACGGCCGACGGCGAGCCGUGCGUCUUCCCCUUCCUCUUCCAAGGCGACGAGUACUCGGACUGCACCACCAACGGCCGAGGGGACGGACGACUGUGGUGCGCCACCACCUACAACUACAACCACGACAAGAAGUGGGGCUUCUGUGAGACCGAGCAUCAGGCGCAUCUGAGACUGCAGGCGGAGGAGGCCGAGGACGAGUACCAGACCUUCCUGCACAUGCUCAAUGGCACCACCAGGAGGAGCCAGAGGAAAGCGCUGUACGAAAAGUUGCUGAAGGUGGCCGAGGGAGGCCACCAGCGGGCCAUGGAGAAGGUGGCGUACGCCAUGUUGUUUGGAGACUACAUGAGUCAGAACAUCAGCCGGGCCAAGGACAUGUUUGAGAAGCUCGCCGUGGAGGGCUCCCCCAAAGCACAGACGGCGCUUGGAUUUCUGUAUGCUGCAGGACUUGGGGUGAACUCCAGUCAAGCCAAGGCUUUGGUCUACUACACCUUUGGCGCCCUGGGCGGAAACCUGAUCGCUCAUAUGAUUCUGGGCUACAGAUACUGGGGCGGUGUGGGGGUUCCCCAAAGCUGCGAGUCUGCGCUGACGCACUACAAGCUGGUGGCCAAUCAGGUGGCCAGCGACAUGUCGCUGACGGGGGGCUCGGCCGUGCAGAAAAUCCGGCUGCUGGACGAGCUGGAGAACCCGGGGUCCACCAGCGGCAUGCUGGAGGAGGACCUGAUCCAGUACUACCAGUUCCUUGCCGAGAAAGGGGACGUGCAAGCGCAGGUGGGACUGGGCCAGCUUCACCUGCACGGAGGACGUGGCGUAGAACAGAAUCACCAGAGGGCGUAUGACUAUUUCAACCAGGCCGCCGAUGCAGGAAAUACACACGCCAUGGCUUUUCUGGGCAAGAUGUACAGUGAAGGCAGCGAGUUCCUGCCUCAGAACAACGAGACGGCCCUGAAAUACUUUAAGAAGGCUUCAGACCUGGGAAACCCAGUGGGCCAGAGCGGCCUCGGGAUGGCGUACUUGUAUGGGAGAGGCGUCUCCGUGAACUACGAGCUGGCGCUGAAGUACUUCCAGAAGGCAGCCGAGCAGGGCUGGGUGGACGGGCAGCUGCAGCUGGGCACCAUGUACUACAAUGGCAUGGGCGUGAAGCGCGACUACAAGCAGGCGCUGAAGUUCUUCAACCUGGCCUCGCAGGCGGGCCACAUCCUGGCCUUCUACAACCUGGCGCAGAUGCACGCCACCGGCACCGGCGUCAUGCGCUCGUGUCACACGGCCGUGGAGCUGUUCAAGAACAUGUGCGAGCGCGGCCGCUGGUCCGAGCGUCUGCUGAGGGCGUACGGCAGCUUCAAGGAGGGCGACAGCGACGCGGCGCUGGUCCAGUACCUGCUGCUGUCCGAGCAGGGCUACGAGGUGGCCCAGAGCAACGUGGCCUUCAUUCUGGACCAGACAGAGGGCGCCAAGAUCUUCAACGAGAACGAGACGUAUCCUCGGGCUCUGCUUCACUGGACGAGAGCCGCCGCUCAAGGUUACACAGUAGCCAGGAUCAAACUGGGCGACUACCACUUUUACGGCUUCGGCACCGAUGUGGACUACGAGACUGCCAUCAUCCACUACCGGCUGGCUUCGGAGCAGCAGAACAGCGCUCAGGCCAUGUUCAACCUAGGUUACAUGCACGAGAAGGGACUGGGAAUCAAACAGGACAUCCACCUGGCCAAGCGCUUCUACGACAUGGCGGCAGAAGCCAGUCCUGAUGCCCAGGUGCCGGUCUUCCUGGCUCUGUGCAAGCUCGGCCUGGUCUACGCCCUGCAGUACAUGCAGGACCUCAAUCUGAGGGAGCUGGUCUCUCAGGUGGACCUGGACCAGGUCUUGGGCCCCGAGUGGGACCUCUACCUCAUGACGGUCAUCGCCCUGCUGCUCGGCACCGUCAUCGCCUACCGUCAGCGCCAGCACCAGAUCAUGAUGCCGCCGCCCCCCCCCGCUCCACCCCCGGCCGCCGCUGCCGCCGCCGCCGAAACCCCGCAGGAGCAACCGCAAGCCCCAGCCGAGGAAGAGGAGCAGCAGCAAUGAGAACAGGAGGAAUCGGACGAGCACUCUCUGGACCGAGUAGCUCGGGCCUGCUGGCUCGAUGCGACCGCGCUCGGGCUCGCUUUGGAAGACUCAAAAUGGCUGCCGGUCUGUGCAGUUUCUUCAUUGGAGAACACAGAUGUGGGACUCCUGUGACUCGGGAGAGAAAGACGCGCUGGACUCCAAAUGAUCAAAGAAAAUAAUAACACUCUUCUAUUUUCAAAUUCAUCGGGAAGAUAGGUUUUUCCAUAGUUCCACCCCCCCCCCCCCCAUUUUCAGACAAAUUUUUCAAUAGGCAUUAAGUCGUUCCAGAAAGUGUAAUGCUAAACAAACCUUAAUUUAUGCAACAGCUGGACUGAGAUAUUCCAGACUUUUUUUUUUUUUUUUUUUUUUUUUUUUUUUUGCCUCAUUAUUUGACUUUAAUUGCUCAUGUUGUUUGUUGUUUUUCUUUUUUUAAAUUUGCUUUCCGUACCACUGGAACCGUCAAGAAACUUGUUCAACCAAAACAAAUUUCAGGUUUUUUUUUUCUUUCCACAUGCAUGACAUCGUCACAUUAAAAAAAAAAAUG